UUGGGUUCGGUUUUCCCACCCCUGAACGCCUUUAUAAACGUCUUCUCUCUUCCACAAUCUCGUAAUUCCCAAGGUCAUCUGAUUCUCGAUCUAUUUUCAUACGGAGUAUUUUCAUAUCCACCGAAGCCCUUUCAAGGUAACAAGGAUGCAGAUCUUUGUGAAAACCCUAACGGGCAAAACGAUCACUCUGGAGGUCGAGAGCUCGGACACAAUUGACAACGUUAAGGCCAAGAUUCAAGACAAGGAGGGUAUUCCCCCAGACCAGCAACGGCUUAUCUUCGCCGGAAAGCAGCUUGAAGACGGCCGUACUCUUGCUGAUUACAACAUCCAGAAGGAGUCGACCCUGCACUUGGUGCUCCGUCUCAGGGGUGGGAUGCAGAUCUUCGUGAAAACCCUAACAGGGAAGACGAUCACUCUCGAGGUUGAGAGCUCAGAUACCAUUGACAAUGUGAAGGCCAAGAUCCAGGACAAAGAGGGCAUCCCUCCAGACCAGCAGAGGUUGAUAUUUGCCGGAAAGCAGCUUGAAGAUGGCCGAACCUUGGCUGACUACAACAUCCAGAAGGAGUCCACCCUCCAUUUGGUGCUCCGUUUGAGGGGUGGGAUGCAGAUCUUUGUCAAGACUCUUACCGGAAAGACCAUCACCCUCGAGGUUGAAAGCUCAGACACUAUCGACAAUGUGAAAGCAAAGAUCCAGGACAAAGAAGGAAUACCACCCGAUCAGCAGAGACUCAUCUUUGCUGGAAAGCAGCUUGAGGAUGGCCGUACCCUUGCUGAUUACAACAUUCAGAAGGAAUCCACUCUGCAUUUGGUUCUCAGGCUGAGGGGUGGAAUGCAGAUCUUUGUGAAAACCUUGACUGGGAAGACCAUUACUCUGGAGGUGGAAAGCUCUGACACUAUUGAUAAUGUGAAGGCUAAGAUUCAGGACAAGGAGGGGAUCCCACCAGAUCAGCAGAGGUUAAUCUUUGCUGGAAAGCAGCUGGAAGAUGGGAGGACCUUGGCUGAUUACAACAUCCAAAAGGAGUCCACCCUGCACCUUGUUCUCCGUCUCCGUGGUGGUUUCUGAAGGUUUCUAGUAUUUUCGUCAAGUGUUGGACUAAUCAGUCUGGUCUGUGAUUGUGUAAUGGAAGUGCAUUUGCUUUUGUGUUUGUGAUUAUGCACAAUAAAGUUGUUGUCUUGUGAAGAUGAUGGUGCUAUUCUUGCUUUCGUAGCUACUUUGUGCUGAUUAGUUGUUGACUUGCUGUUACUAUUUUAAUAUAAUGAUGAUGAUUAUUGUUCUUUUCAUUUUCUACUGUCGAGCAGGUGUUAGAUGAGCUCAAAUGGUUUUAGUAUAGAUGCAAAUGCAAGAAGUUGUUAUUCCCAGUUACUACUUCUGGG